AUGGGCAAAAUAUAUUCUUUUCAUAGUUUCUUUGCUGUUUUCUGCUCAAUCCAUAAAAAGGGAACGAAUAGAAGUAUAUCAAAAGGAACGAAUAGAAGUAUAUCAAAAGGAAUAAAAUCAAGCAGACUGAGAGUGAAUAAAGUGAAAAAAUCCCGCAGGAAAGUAUGGACUGAAAGAGGUGAAAAAAUCACACAAAGGAUUGGUCAACUUUUAUCAAGAGGCAGGAAUGAGAUCCCAAGAGAGCUACCAAAUAAUAUUUUUGGUCUUAUCGAUAAGAACUAUGAUAAUCUCUAA